GAAGCCGCCUGCUUUCCCCUUUGGGUUAUGAUCGCUGCGGUCACCGGUCACCUUGACAAGAGCAGUUUCUGAGGAGACUGAGGAAGAAAAUCUGCUUAGAGUGCCCUCCAGAGGGAGUGCGGCCGCUCGGACUCCCGCCCCGGCCGCGCACUGUCGGCUCCGGCAACUUCCCCAGCGCCGCCCGACUUCGGUGAGCUGGAGGCGCGCAUGGCGGCAGUAGGGCCGCGGACUGGCCCAGGCGCCGGGGCCGAGGCGCUGGCGCUGGCAGCAGAGCUGCAAGGAGAGGCGACCUGCUCCAUCUGCCUGGAGCUCUUCCGCGAGCCAGUGUCCGUCGAGUGCGGCCACAGCUUCUGCCGCGCCUGCAUCGCACGCUGCUGGGAGCGCCCGGGAACGAGGGCCACCGCCGUGUCCCACACGCUGUCCUUCUCGCUGCCCUGCCCGCAGUGUCGCGAGCCCGCGCGCCCCAGCCAGCUGCGGCCCAACCGGCAGCUGGCCGCGGUGGCCACACUGCUGCGGCGUUUCAGCCUGCCGGCCGGAGCGCCAGGAGAACGCGGGCCUCCGGAGGCUGUGGCGGCCGGGUGCGCGCAGCACGGCGAACCGCUCAAGCUCUACUGCCAGGACGAUGGACGGGCCAUUUGCGUGGUGUGCGACCGCGCCCGCGAGCACCGCGCUCACGCCGUGUUGCCGCUGGACGAGGCGGUUCAGGAGGCUAAGGAGCUUCUGGAGUCCAGGCUGAAGGUCUUGAAGAAGGAUUUGGAGGACUAUGAGGCCUUUCGUUCCACAGAAGAGAAGGAGAGCAAGGAGCUUCUGAAGCAGAUGGCAGCUGAGCAAGAGAAGGUAGGGGCAGAGUUCCAGGCUCUGCGGGCCUUCCUGGUGGAGCAGGAGGGUCGGCUCCUAGGCCGCCUGGAGGAGCUGUCCCGGGAGGUGACACAGAAGCAGAAUGAGAACUUGGCCCAGCUUGGGGAUGAGAUUGCCCAGCUCUCCAAGCUCAGCAGUCAGAUCCAGGAGACAACUUGCAAGCCUGAUCUUGACUUUCUCCAGGAAUUCAAAAAUACACUAAGCAGGUGCAGCAAUGUGCCUGCCCCCAAGCCGACCACAGUCUCUUCUGAGAUGAAGAAUAAAGUCUGGAAUGCUUCCCUCAAGACCUUUGUCUUAAAGGGGCUGCUCAAGAAGUUCAAAGAGGAUCUUCGGGGAGAGCUGGAGAAAGAGGAAAAAGUGGAGCUGACCUUGGACCCCGACACGGCCAACCCCCGCCUCAUCCUCUCUUUGGAUCUUAAGAGCGUGCGCCUUGGACAACAAGCCCAGGACCUACCCAGCCACCCGCGCCGCUUCGACACCAACACACGAGUUCUGGCUUCCUGCGGUUUCUCUUCUGGGAGGCACCACUGGGAAGUGGAAGUGGGCUCCAAGGACGGCUGGGCCUUCGGCGUGGCCCGUGAGAGCGUGCGCCGCAAGGGUCUCACGCCCUUCACCCCGGAGGAGGGCGUCUGGGCGCUGCAGCUCAACAACGGGCAGUACUGGGCGGUGACCAGCCCUGAACGGACGCCCCUCAGCUGUGGGCACCUGUCCCGCGUGCGGGUCGCCCUGGACCUGGAGGUGGGGGCUGUGUCCUUCUACGCUGCAGAGGACAUGCGUCACAUCUAUACCUUCCGCGUCAACUUCCAAGAGCGCGUGUUCCCUCUUUUCUCUGUCUGCUCCACCGGCACCUACUUAAGAAUCUGGCCUUGAGAGUGAUUGCCCGGCCUCCUGGAGGGAGUAAACAGUCAAGGGUGAACUCCUCCCAAUCUGGCUGCCCAUGGGAAAGGUUGUUGCCCUCGGAUGGAACCUCCUGGACACUUUGGGUCUGUCUUUCUGACUGUUGCCCCAGGCUGCCUUAGAGGGGCUUCUGCAGACCACAACAUCAAAGACAUGAGAUUGGGCUACUGAGGAAAAGGGCUCUAAGGUUAACUGAGCAGGGGAAUAUAUGGCCUCAGGCUCUCCCUUCUGCCUCUUGCCUGUUGUCCUGGUGACGAUUUGGCAUGAACUGUAAGGAGGUGGAGGUGGAUGAGAGGAGCCCAGCUCCAUCAGAUGUGCUUCCUAUCACUACUCCAAUUCAGCAGGACCUCUAGUUCCAUGGAAUAAAACCAAGCUCUGGCUGUGCAAGGGGGCAGCUUCAUCCCAGACCACUCAGCUUCAUGAUCCGUUCUGCUUUGCCUUCUUGUCAGCUGCCAGCUUUGCCUUCAGAACCUGGAUCUGGCUAGCUUGCCAAAGUCCUCUACUCAGGGAGGAGCAUGGUAUUCCCAGCCCAAAGGAGAGUCUAGGCCAGAACUGGAAAGAGACCCUUGAUAUGUACAAUAGGAAUAGCCCAGGAUAACAGCCUACUGGCAUUGCUGUCACUCAACACAGCUUAGCCUGAUGAGAUUAUAUGUAUAGCCUUGGCCACAAUGAGUCCCACAUUCUCACAUUUGCCUAAAUCCUUUCCAAGUGCCAAAGUACAGUCUCCCUUGGGUAAGGAGACCAAAGAUUGUGGAAUUUUGAAACUCAAGGCAGCACUUAUAAUUUUACAGAAGCAAUUAACUCCAGCAUGGAAACGUGCAGGGCACAGACAUACCCCUGACAGACAGUUCCUGGAGCUUCGCAAAUGCAUGCCAAUGGCAGAAGACCCUGGUUUCCAGGCCUGCUCAGUCUGUACCCUGGCCUGUGUUAUUCCCUUGGCUAAUUGUUCCCCAGCUUCUGUAUGGCUGCAUUUCUGGGAGGGUGGAGGUGGGCUGUUCACUGCUUAGUAUGCUCCUGGAAAAGGAGAUGGAAAUACAGACUGUGAGCUCA